AUGCCACGUGUAUCUCACCACGUCAGGUGCAUCUCACCACGCAACGUGCACCACGCCACGUGCACCUCACCACGCCACGUGCACCUCACCACGCCACGUGCACCUCACCACGCCACGCGCACCUCACCACGCCACGUGCACCUCACCACGCCACGCGCACCUCACCACGCCACGUGCACCUCACCACGCCACGCGCACCUCACCACGCCACGUCCACCUCUCCACUCUACGAGCAUCUCGUCAUCACCACGUGCCUUGUCUCCUAGUUCGUCCCGUGGCCACAACGCAUCAUCAAGCCGGUCACAUUUCGGUGCAAAACUUGAGGUGAAGCUGAGAGACCGAGACUCUUGGGUGCAGAAAAACAUGAUGCUGGUGAGUAACCGAGACAAUGGUGUGCAGAAAAACAUGAUGCUGUACCUUCGAGAGGCCCCAAGAAAACAGCUCAACAGAGCGCGUCCAUUACUCGCCAUGUGCCGGUCCCGUGAGCAGCGUCUCCCUCACAUCGGGCGGGUGCUACUCCUUGCGUUCGUCGUCAUCUUCAUUAAAACUUCGCAUGCUGCUGACGUCAUCAGAAUCGGGGGGCUGUUCGACCGGCCAGAUCUGCGUCAGGAUGCGGCGUUCCGCUCGGCGGUGGAGGCGGUGAACAGCGACCGGCAGCUGCUGGCCCGCGCCAGACUGUCCGUGCAGGUGGAAACUGUCGCACCGGGGGACUCCUUCGCCGCCGCUAAACGAGCUUGCCAAAUUCUAAGGUCCGGGGUAGCAGCAAUACUGGGCCCUCAGUCGAGCCACAGCUGCGCCCACGUGCAGUCCAUGUGCGCCGCCAAGCAAGUGCCGCAUAUCCAGACCCGCGCUUACUACCCCCUCGACUGGAGCCCCUACUCCAUCAACCUCUUCCCCCACCCCUCCACGCUCGCUAAGGCGUACAGUUCGGUGCUGCGGGGUCUAGGCUGGAGCAAGUUCACCAUCAUAUAUGAGAGCGUCGAGGGCCUCGUGCGAGUGCAGGAGCUUCUCAAGGAUGAUCUCUUUAGGAUCUCACUGAGGCAGCUGCCUACGUCGGGGGACUUCAGGCCGCUGCUGAAGGAGUGCAAGAAGAGCGGCAGCAGCCACGUCGUGCUGGACGUGGAGCGCCUGCACGUCACGGAGGUGUUGAGACAGGCGCAGCAGGUCGGCAUGAUGACCUCCUACCAUCACUACUUCAUCACUUCACUCGACUUGCAUACCAUGGAGCUCGGGGAGUUCCGUCACGGCGGCAGCAACAUUUCGGCUCUGCGAUUGAUAGACCCUGGAUCUUCUCUCUUGCAACAAGCGCUCAAAGAUCUCGCCGUCGAAAAUAUUGCCAAAGCCGAGGAAGGACAGGGAGCGCUUGGGCCGAGUUGGCGACAUCUUUUCCCGUCUGGGCCAGACUCUGCGCUAACGAGGCCUGAAGAGUCCAGGGAUUACCGCGACUCUGGCGACAGCGAUGUCGACAGCGACGCUGCCUCCUACUUGAACGUCUCGUCCUUGCCGGAAGGACAGGGAGCGCUUGGACCGAGUUGGCGACAUCUUUUCCCGUCUGGGCCAGACUCUGCGCUAACGAGGCCUGAAGAGUCCAAGGAUUACCGCGACUCUGGCGACAGCGACGUCGACAGCGACGCUGCCUCCUACUUGAACGUCUCGUCCUUGCCGACGGAGGUGGCGCUGGUGUACGACGCCGUGAGGCUCCUAGCGACGGCUGUGGAUGACCUGGGCCGGUCACGACCCCUCGAGUUCAGCCCUCUGUCGUGUGACGACGAGCGGGUGUGGCAGCACGGCAGCGCUCUCGCCAAGUACAUGAAGUGGGUUCAGCUGAGUGGCCUCAGCGGUCUCAUACGAUUCGACGAGGCAGGGUUCAGGAAAGACGUCGCACUGGACGUCAUCGAGUUGACUAAAGCCGGACUCAUGAAAGUUGGACGCUGGAGUGGCAAAGAAGGAGUUUCGUUCUCUCGCAUCCAUUCUUCUCAGCGAAAUUUAUCGCCACUGAGCAACAGAACACUUGUGGCCACGACUGUACUCGCAGCCCCGUACGCGAUGCUGAAACCAUCUGAAGAAAAUCUGGAAGGCAAUAGCCGCUUUGAAGGCUUCAGCGUGGACUUGCUGCGGGAGAUUGCCAAGUCGCUGGGGUUUGCCUUCACAUUACGCCUGGCGAAGGAUGGCCAACACGGCAAAUACGAUCCUGCCACCGAGAAGUGGACGGGCAUGAUAGGAGAACUCCUUGAACAGGAGGCAGACUUGGCCAUUGGUGACCUGACCAUCACCUACGAGCGCGAGCAGGUGGUCGAUUUCACGAUGCCCUGGAUGAACCUUGGCAUCAGCAUCCUGUACCGUCGCGUCAACAGACGUGCUCCUAACUUCUUCAGUUUCAUGGCGCCGCUCUCCCUGGACGUGUGGCUCUAUAUUGCCACGGCUUACCUGGCGGUGUCCCUCCUUCUGCACUGGCUCGCCAGAAUUACUCCGUACGAGGAUAAGAGCAACGACAAAGGAUCCGAGGGACCGAGUUCCGUCCCUCAAUUCAACCUGGGCAACUCGCUGUGGUUUAUCGUGGGCAGUCUCCUGCAGCAAGGCACUGAGCAGCAUCCGAGGGCAUACUCAACAAGAAUAUUAGCAACGCUGUGGUGGUUCUUCACGCUGAUCAUGAUCUCGUCGUACACGGCCAACCUCGCAGCGUUCCUGACCGUCGAGCGCAUGGUCUCUCCCAUCGAGUCUGCCGAGGAUCUCGCGGCGCAGACCAAGAUCAAGUACGGAUCCCUCUAUGGCGGAUCCACGUGGAAUUUCUUCAGCACAUCGAAAGUUCCGACGUACCAGAAGAUGUUUGCGUUCAUGGAGUCUCAGAGGCCGUCAGUGUACACGAGCAGCAACCAAGAAGGAGUGGACCGCGUGCUGCGUGGCAACGGCCAGUACGCGUUCCUCAUGGAGUCUUCCAGCAUCGAGUAUGUGACGGAACGAGACUGUCGCCUCACGCAAGUGGGAGGGCUGCUCGAUGCUAAAGGUUACGGCAUCGCUCUGCCAUCGGGUUCGCCGUACCGCGCGCUGGUGAACGACGCGGUGCUGCGGCUGCAGGAGUCCGGCAAACUGCGCGACCUGCGCCGCCGCUGGUAUCGGGGUGGGCAUGGCCGCUGCCGUGCUGGUCGCGCUCACUGAACUCUUCUGGAGGACGCGGGCCGUGGCCGUACGCCAGCAGGUCUCAUUUUGGUCGGAGAUGAGUCGUUCAUUGCGCAAUGCAUUUUGUUGUCCUUCGGUCGGCAAGAAGCUCGAUGCUGACCAGUCCAGGUCGUCGCAGUCGCCUUGCGACAUUGACUUCGUCGUACCAACUUUGGACCUGCCUCAGUUGUCUGAAGCUCAGUCACCGGCUGCAUGCGAUGGUUCAGGAUAUUGCACCAAAAUGCUGCAGCAGAUUCCUCCCGUACAUCAUACUCAGAGUAGUAACUAUAAUCAACACCUAAUGCAGCUAAGACAACCAAGUGAUGUUACUUAUCUGCACCAAAACCCUCAUGAAUCGAGAUUGGACGUCGACCAGAUGACCUCAUUCGGGCACUUUCAACAGGAGCCCACUUCUAGCCACGCCCCUCAUUGUUCGCAACGACUUGCGUCUCCCAUGGACACAUAUACAAUUUCGCCAACCACGAUAGGAGCAACGACGAUAUCCAGAGUCCAGACGAGCACCUUCAAGGAUCCAAGCCCGGCCAGCCAUAUCUCGAUUUCUAAAAUGGGAAACAAUUCAUCGACACUACCAAGAAGAAACAUCAAUGACACGAUUUAUUCCUCAGAAAUGGGGAAUUUGACAUCAGUGUCGCCAAAGAAUCGUACUGGCUUAACAUCAUCUUCUUCUAGAACAAAUUUAUUAGCGGAACAUUCGGCGCAAGGCGUCAAAUCUGUGGAGCCUUUGAGCAGGUGCCCUGAAAUGAAGGGUCCAGAUCUCACUGAAAAAUUUGGUGUUCCACCUCCUCCGGCCUCGAUUCUCUUGUAAAAUGAUGGUCACAAAUUGGAUUGUGUUGCGUCCUUUAAAUGUGAUGUUUAUGUAUGUAUGAAAUCUAGAUUGUAAAUUUUCAGAUGAACGUAGUGAGACCGCCGAAAGAUCAACAAACAUAACAGCUUGCGAUGAGCAAAAACUUUGCCAUACGUUUCUAUACGUUAACUAAAUUACAGAAUGCUUAUUCGUGAAACUCUUAAAGUAAUAGGUCGAACUUUAUUCUUUCAUUUUUUCAAAUACUACAUUCCAUAUUUCACAUUUUUGUCCAUUCCCAGUCAAUAUUAACAACCUUUCCUUAAUUUCACUGUUCGUUGCGAAAAAUUAUAUAUAUCUACUACGUUUUAAAUGAUUGUUUUAAUAGGACGACACCUCUUUGGUUUAACAAAUAUGUGUAGAAAUUUUCAGUGUUGACUAGCUAAAAUACGUGUUCCUCUAUUAGUGUUGCACAAAAAUUUAAAGUUGGAAUUGAUUAUUAGGAAAUUUGUGCGAACGUCUUUGGCAUUCAUAAAUUUGAGAACAAAAAUCCUCAGCUCCUAAACUAAUGAUCUUUAACUUAAAAAGUCUGCUUGAAUUUAUACUUAAUGCUUAUAAUAAAUAAGCCUUAAUAGAUUUUCAAACUAUUUAAAAACAUAAUUUGUAUUCUUUCUUGUCAAAUGAGCAGAAAAAUAAUGAAAUUAAUGAAACCUGCCUAAAAAUUACAAGUACCAAUAAAUUCUUCACCCACACCACCAAUAGUGAGCAAUCUGAUCAUAGCAUCUGUGUUCACCAGAUUCUCCCAAUAUGUCAAAAAACAGUUCACGGUGUUAAUAAAAACGCG